GUAACAGGUUGCAUUCCCAGCAGCAGCAUAAUGAACUUAUUGCUGUGAUAAUUUCCGUAGGAGUUAGGUAUUUCUGUUCAGGUUUCCGUGUGGGUUUUAAUGGAUGUCAGUCAAUAUAUCUAAAUUAUUAUCGGCAUACAGGAGGCGAGAGGAUACGAGAGGAGCAGAAGAUUAAGUUCAGAAAAAAGAGUAUGACCACACCAUCUUCAGGUCAGACGACCCCGGUGGACUAUGGUGUCCAGAUCCGCUUCAUCAAUGACUAUCAGAAUGGUGGAGGGCAGCCUGCACCCCAGCCCAAGACCAAGACUCAGACCACAUCUAAAUAUGGUGUAGCAGUCAGAGUGCAGGGAAUUGCUGGCCAACCAUAUGUGGUUCUGAAGGAUGGACAAAAAGGAGAUUCAUAUGGGGUUCAGCUCAAGACCGAGUACUCCUCUGGCUAUAAUAGCCUUCCUCGGAACAGAGGGAAGGCAGAGCCAGGAACAGAGGGAGGUUACAUAGGAGGAGGAGAGCAGGGAGGGUUACUACGCCGGGCUCAGUCUCAUGGGUCGCUUCUCGACAGGGAUGGAGGGCCGAGUAACGAGGAGUAUCAGUUAUCUAGACCACCAGGAGAUGGAAAGUCUGGUAGUUAUGGGAAUCUGGAUGGAGGAAUUGGAGUAAGGGGAGAUAGAGAGCAGGGGUGGCAUGUCAGUGAUAGAGAGAGGGGCACUGAAAGAAAUAUCUGGCACGGUUCUUAUCAGGCAGGGCUUAACAGGUCACUGGGGUCAGUGAGGGACAGUCCCGAGCCCCCUCCUCAGCCAAACGAGCUACACUCUAACAAGAGACAGACGUCUGUCAACAAGCUAAUAAACAGGUUUGAUAGUGCUAAUGCUGGAGGCCAGCAGAGAGGACUGCCCCCUGCCCAGCAACGUCCAGGAGCUACAUCUCCUCUCACCACCGCCAAUCCCUACACCUCACCCCCAUCGCCAACUCACAGCAGCUUGAGGCGCAGCCAGGGCAAUGUCACCAAAAUUCCUGGACAGCCAGCGAAUCAGUGGGCCUCACUGGAGCCACAACGACCAAAUCUGACUGAGGCACAAGUGACCCCUGACCUUUUGCUGGACCAGGGUCAGAGUGCAGAGCUGAGCAGCGAGGAGGAGCAGGCCAUGAAGACCAUAUACAACAUCCUGAGACAAGGGAGUAGUGAAACCGAUGUCAUCGUGAGGCACAAAGUAAAGCUCAUCUUCCAGAACAUUCAGCACCUUAAGCCCAAACAAAGCAUGAGGGAGGAGUGGAUGAGUGAGAAAAGAAGGCUUGAGGAAAAGGUUGUUGCACUACAAACUGCACUGCUGGAAGAAAGGAAGGACUCUGUUAGCAAUUCUGAUCCUGCUCUGAAAGCAGAGCUGGAGAGUUGUCUGGAUGAAAAUCUGCAACUCCAGGAGAUGCUGGACCGGAAGAAAAAUGAAUUAAACGAAACACAAUCGGAGCUGACUCAUUUGCGUAUGGAUCGAGAAAACGCUGAGAAGCGGGUCAGAGAUAUGGAGGACCAGAUGGCUGAGUUUCAAGAUGAGCUGAGAAGAGAGAGCAGCAACAAGACGGAUCUGGUUUCUUGUCAGGCGCAGCUGAUGGAAGUUUUGCAACUAAAAAAGAAGCUGGAGGAGACACUGCGACAGAGAGAGAGGGAGCUUACAGCUUUGAAGGGCGCUCUGAAGGAAGAGGUGGCAUCACAUGACAAAGAGAUUGAGGCGCUGCGAGAGCAGUACAGUGCGGAUAUGGACAAGCUCCGUAGCAGCAUGGAGCAGGUGUCUCAGUCUCAUGCAGGGAUUGAAGCAGAGCGCCUGCGUGUAAAUGCGUCAGUUCGCUCCCUGCAGCAGCAGCUGGAGGACUGUCGAGAUGAGAGCAGCCACUGGAUGGAGCAGUUUCAUUCGACCAGAGACGAACUUCGAACAACUAAACAAGAAGAGACACCCAGCCACCCUGAAACACAACUCCUGCAAACCCGUCUGGAGAAGGAGGAAUUUGAGGAAGAAUUAAAGGAACUCCAAGACAAAAUGACUUCCAUGAAACAACAGACACCAGACCCCAGCCACACACAGACUCUCAGCCAGGAGGUCCAGCAGUGCAAAGCUGAUUUGCAGAAGGGCAAGUCUGAGGUAGAGAAAAUGAGGGUGGAGUUUGACAAGAAGGUCAUGGAGGUCAUCUCUUUGAAAAAAUCUCACCAGAACCAAGAGGCUGAACUGAAGUAUGAGAUUGACAGGUUGAAGGGCCAGUUACAGAAGGCUAAGGAGGAGUUUGCUAAAGCACAAGAGAAAAAUAAACGGCUGCCAGACCCAGCAACCAUCUCAGAGCUAGAGCAGAAGCUUAAUGAGGCCCAGGGUGAAGUUGCCCAGCUCAAAAAGAAGCUCUCAUUGACUGAAGAGGAACUAGACACCAGUAAGGCACAGCUAAGCAGAGCUCACCUGGACAUUAACUCGCUCCAUGAUGCCCAGCAGGAGCAGGAGGAGGCGACUGCUCGUCUAAAAGAGAAAAUCUCAAGAUUAGAGGCUCAGCUGCAAAGCAAUGCUACAGAGAGCUCAGAGGCAGAGCUCGCACUCCACACUGAGGUUAGAGGCCUGAGAUCUGAGCUCGAUGAAGCUAAGAGGAAAGCCUCCAGGCUGAGCCAGGAGCACCGUGAACUCAGCCAGCGUUUGGAGGAUACAGAAAAGGACAAGGAGGCCCUCAAACAGACCAUCAGCCAGCUCGAGGACACUAAACAACAGCAGGAGAGAGCUCUAGAGAAACUCAACAAAGACUAUGACUCUCUAAACGUAUCCUUAAGAGAAGAAACGCAGGCUCUCAGGGUUCAACUGGAAGAACAGAAAGAGCGAGCACGCAAGGAAGUGCAGGAGGUGCAGCGUCACGAAAACGAUGCUCACUCUGAGCUGGAAAAAAGCCAGAUGAAUAAACGGAAACUGGAGGAAGAGAUAUCACGGCAGAAGAAGGAGCUGCUUCUUGCAUGUGAGGAGAGAGACAACCACCAGCUGGAUAAAGAGCUGCUCGCCAACAGGCUGCGCCACCUGGAGGGAGAGCUGGAGGCCAGCAAAAACAGCCACAAUGAGAAAACCCGAGAGAUUCGCAUCCUGGAGGACAAACUAAAGCGUUUGGAGGUGGAGGUGGAGGAGGAGAGAAGCAGUGUGGAUAUGCUGACUGAUCGUGUGGCUCGCAGCAGAGACCAGAUCGAUCAGCUCCGCUCUGAGCUCAUGCAGGAGAGAUCCUCGAAGCAGGACCUGGAGCUGGACAAGAAUGCAAUGGAGAGACAUCUGAAGGAGCUGAGGAGUCGUGUGGUUGACAUGGAGGGUCAGUCGCGUUCCUCUGUAGGAGUCUCCCAGCUGGAAAGCAAAAUCCAGGAGCUGGAAGACCGUCUGCGGAGCGAAGAGAGAGAGAAGAACACUGUGUUGGCAACACAACGUCGUUUGGAGAGGAAGCUAAAAGACCUCAAUAUGACACUGGAUGAGGAAAGACAAACACACACUGAACAGAGAGACCAGCUUGCUCUGAGAGUGAAGGCGCUGAAGAGGCAGGUGGAUGAAGGAGAGACAGAGCUGGAAAGGUUAGACGGAAUGAGAAGAAAAGCUCAGAGAGACCUGGAGGAACAAAUGGAGCUGAAAGAGGCUCUGCAGACCAGAGUCACAGCACUGGAGACUGAGCUUAAGAGGAAAACUCAGGCAGCAAUACGCCCAGCUUUGGAUUCAUCAGCUCUCAGCUCAGACGAUGACGACAGUCUUUACGAUUCCUCCACCAUCACCUCCAUCCUCACAGAGAGCAACCUUCAGACCAGCUCCUGUUAAAGCAACGCUCUGAGAGCAGGUCGAAGGUGGGAAAAUAAAACUCUGCCAAGACUAUGGAGGAGAGUGUGCAGUUUAUAGGCUUGGAGUAAAGCCAAAAGGCACUACAGACAAUGAGGCAGGGGAACCUGGGGAGGUAAUGACUUUUUUUUUUUUUUU